UGACACUGGUAGGCGGGAAUCUCUGGUAUUCUGUGGUUAGUGCUUGGAGUCCGGUACCGAGCUGCGCAGGAGCAGAAUGACCACCGGAGCUGCUCCGUACCGUUUCGGCCACUUUACUGUGUGAGGGAGACGCUUCCUUGACGCUCCUGCUUCCUGGGUGGAAACUGACGCGUCCCGUCGUGUGUAUAGCCGGUUAUAUGGCUGACAGUAACAAGAGCAGCUCUUUCCUCGAUAACAUGAUAGGAGAGAAGGCUGAGCAGUGGAGUCAAUCUACAUCAUUUAUUGAUACAGCCAUCAAAAUGAGGAGAGAGACACAUGCCCGAAAUUUAAUACUGGCCUGGGGUCUUCUAAAUUUGUCUUUGGCAGGAAUGAUUUAUACAGAAAUGUCUGGAAAAAUAAUCAGUACGUAUUAUAAGAUUUCAUGUUGGCCCUUAUGGUACAUUGAAUUGGCACUUGCGUUCUUGUUCAGUCUGAAUGCAUUGGUUGACUUCUGGAGGUACUUCAAAUACACUAUGACCUCGCCAAAUCUUACACUAAGUCCCUCCCAGCAAAAACUUCUUGGAGUUCAAUAUUCAUAUGUGCAGUAUACGCCACCAAAGGAUGUUGUGAAAAGUGUACUCCCAGCAGCCACACCUUCUCCCAGCAUUCAAGGGCAAAGUGUUCUGAGCUAUAGUCCAUCACGUUCACCCAGCACCACUCCCAAGUUCUCUCCUAGCUUCAUCAGUGGCAGUUCUUUUGCUACAGCUGUUCCCUACUCCCCAAACAGUAGCUACACCAAGAUGCAAAAUUUUAGUCCCACAUCAGGAUCAUCAUCAUCAUCCUACCCCAGUAGUCUUGGUCCACUGGAAAAUGGUGGCUUAAGAUCUCGAUAUCGCUCAUCACCAUUUGCUUAUAGUUCCCCUGCUGGCAAGGAUGACUAUAUGACUGAUCUCAAGUCACUGGAUACAUUUAUCCGUAGUGAAGAAGAAAAGCAACAGCGUUCCCAGCUGGGGAGUCCAGAAUCCAGCUCAACAUCAAACAGCCCAACCUUCUGGAAUUAUAGCCGCUCCAUUGGAGAUUAUGCUCACACUCUCAGGAAGUACCAGUACCAGCUGGCGUCCAGAUCUCAGGCUCCUUCUGCACACAAGGAUGAGGCAGAUCUUGGCUCUAAGCAGGCAGCAGAAGAGAUCUGGGCAAGAGUUACAAUGAACCGUCAACUUUUGGACCACAUGGAUUCCUGGACAGAGAAAUUCCGGAAUUGGAUUAAUGAAACUAUCUUGGUGCCAUUGGUUCAAGAGGUGGAAACCGUUAACAUGCAGAUAAGGAGGCUUGGAUGUCCUGAACUGCAAAUAGGGGAGUCUAGUAUAAGCAGUAUAAAGCAAGCAGCUUUAGUGAAAGCACCACUGAUCCCGUCACUUAAUGUUAUUGUUCAGUACCUGGACAUCACUCCAAAUCAGGAAUACCUCUUUGAACGUAUUAAAGAAUUGUCCCAUGGGGGAUGCAUGAGUUCUUUUCGGUGGAAUGCAGGUGGGGACUUUAAAGGUCGUAAAUGGGACACUGACCUUCCAACAGAUUCAGCGAUACUCAUGCAUGUUUUCUGUACAUACCUUGAUUCUCGACUGCCCCCUCAUCCCAAGUAUCCUGAUGGCAAAACCUUCACCUCUCAACACUUUGUUCAGACACCAGAUAAACCAGAUACUACAAAUGAAAAUGUCUUUUGCAUCCACCAGAGCAGCAUCAAUCCUCCACAUUAUGAGCUUGUCUACCAAAAACACAUAUACAACUUGCCAAAGGGAAGAAACAACUUGUUCCAUACACUGCUAAUGUUUCUGUACAUAAUAAAGACUAAAGAAUCUGGAAUGCUUGGGCGAGUCAAUCUUGGUUUAUCUGGUGUGAAUAUAUUAUGGAUUUUUGGUGACCUAUGAUGAUGGAAUUGUGAAAGUUUCAUAUAAAUUUAUAAACAUGGCUUAACAUGGCUAAAAUAAAGACCGCUAUAUGUUGUAACUUGCUACUUGCUAUUGUAUUAUGGCUCACAAACCGUCCCUCCAUGUGUCUUGUCUUUCACAUAUAUCAAUAUGGACUCUGUUAAGACCUUAUGAUUGACCGCUUAAUAGAAAGUUGUAGCACGUCAUUUGUUUUACCUUUUAUACCAUGAUGUUUCCUUUGCGUGAGACAUGGAAAUGAUACAAAACUGCCUUUAGUAUAAUUCAAAUUGGUAAAGUCCAGGUUUUGGAGCCCAUAGUUUACCAUGAUUUCCAGUUUUGUUUUGUUUUUCCUACUAAAAUAAAGCAUUUUUUUAUUUUUAAACUACAUUGACACCUUUUUGGAUAUCAAUCAAAUCUGACCUCAAUUAUAUAAGGGUUCAAAGUCACUCUAUCACUGGAGAAAGGGCUUCAUUGGAAUACAGUACUGAGUAAUUCCAUUUUAAAUAAAAUUGGAUAUUGCAGUAAAUUGGUUAUUUUUCCAGUGGUGCAUGUAAAAGACUAAAUAUUUGAGACUAAAGCAGGAUAAAUGUGAGCAUUAGUUCACAAUUUACUUGCUGUACAGUGUGUUUUUGUAAUUCAUCUUUCAGUCAGCUGUGAAGGUAUUUUAUAUGGAAUUGUUUAUUAAAUAAACUUUUC